UAGGGCUGGGACUAUUCGCGGCGAUGGCGACGACGAAGAACUCUGAUCGGCGGCUCCUGACCUGGGCGCAGUGAAACUGGCUUCGGCUUGGAUAUGACUAAUGUUUAUUUGAUCCGGUGUUUUUCAUUGUUGAUUGGCUGCACUGAUCUUCGACUGAACCGUUGGCUUUAAGGCUCCCGUCUCGCCCGUCCGCUGUGAGUCUGCCGGUGGCUGUUCUGCUCAGCAGAGGCCUCCGCGUCGGGGUCCGCCCUCCAUCUCACAACAACAACAAAACCUCUCCGAUUUCCAUGCCCAACCACUAAACCCUUGAGGACAGGAUUGCGAGACAACCUCGUCUGUUGCUUACUACUUGUGCCUGGGUUUCAGUCCCAGGGUAGAGCUUCUGUGUCUGAAGACCCCACUCCUUCCUGGGGACCAUGGAGGAGGAGGGGCAGCAGAGCCUGGAGUGCGUCCAGGCCAACCAGUUCUUCCCCAAGAAGUCCCCUGUCCUGGAGGAAGAGAACAUGCAGGUUCCCUUCUCCCAGCUGCAUGGUGAGUUCACGGAGUAUGUGGGGAGAGCGGAGGACGCCAUCAUCGCCAUGUCCAACUACCGGCUCCAUAUCAAGUUCAAGGAGUCUGUGGUCAAUAUGAGUUGUUGUUGUGAGGUGUCUGUGCCUCUGCAGCUGAUUGAUAACGUGGAGUGCCGGGACAUCUUCCAGCUGCACGUCACCUGUAAGGACUGUAAGGUGGUCAGGUGCCAGUUCUCCACCCUAGAGCAGUGCCAGGAGUGGCUGAAGCGGCUGAGUGCGGCGGGACGGCCCCCAUCCAGCCUGGAGCACCUCUUCUCUUUCGCUUUCCACGCCUGGUGCAUGGACGUCUACGCCGGGGAGAAGGAGCAGCACGGCGAGCUCUGCAGGCCAGGCGAACACGUGACGUCCUGGUUCAAGAACGAGGUGGAGCGGAUGGGCUUCGACACCCAGAACGCCUGGAGGAUAUCAGACAUCAACAGUAGAUUCAGGCUGUGCUCCAGCUACCCCCAGCAGCUGCUGGUCCCAGCCUGGAUCACCGACAAGGAGCUGGAGAAUGUGGCCGCAUUCCGGUCGUGGAAGAGGUUUCCAGCUGUGGUGUACAGGCACGUGACCACGGGGGCGGUGAUCGCUCGCUGCGGCCAGCCUGAGGUGAGCUGGUGGGGCUGGAGGAAUGCAGACGACGAGCACCUGGUUCAGUCCAUCGCCAAGGCAUGCGCUGUGGACGGCAUCAGCCGAAAGCAUCAGGCCAACGGCGGCUACAGCAACGGCACCGCACUGCCCGAUACGGACUUCGAGUCGUCCCUGACCAACAACUCUGAGGUGGAGACGCUGGCCAUCCAGCCCCACAAGCUGCUGAUCCUGGACGCCCGGUCCUACGCCGCCGCCGUGGCCAACCGCGCCAAGGGGGGAGGCUGCGAGUGUCCAGAGUACUACCCCAACUGUGAGGUGGUAUUCAUGGGCAUGGCCAACAUCCACUCCAUUCGCAAGAGUUUCCAGUCCCUUCGUUUUCUCUGCACCCAGAUGCCUGAUCCAGCCAACUGGCUGUCGGCCCUGGAGAGCACCAAGUGGCUGCAGCACCUGUCCCUGCUGCUGAAGGCGGCGCUGCUGGCGGUCAACGCCGUGCACCGCGACCACCGGCCCGUCAUGGUGCACUGCUCCGACGGCUGGGAUCGCACACCCCAGAUCGUGGCGCUCUCCAAGAUGCUCCUGGACCCGUACUACCGCACCAUCGAGGGCUUCCAGGUCCUGGUGGAGACGGACUGGCUGGACUUCGGCCACAAGUUCGCCGACCGCUGCGGCCACGGGGAGAACUCUGAGGACGUGAACGAGCGCUGCCCGGUCUUCCUGCAGUGGCUGGACUGCGUGCACCAGCUGCAGAGGCAGUUCCCCUGCUCCUUCGAGUUCAACGAGGCCUUCCUGGUGAAGCUGGUGCAGCACGCCUACUCGUGUCUGUUCGGCACGUUCCUGUGCAACAGCGGUAAGGAGCGGGAGGACCGCCACGUGCAGGAGAGGACCUGCUCCGUCUGGUCCCUGCUGCGCAGCGGCAACCGCGCGCUGUGCAACAUGCUCUACUCCUCGCAGUCCGAGACGGUGCUGCACCCGGUGUGCCACGUGCGUAACCUGAUGCUCUGGACGGCCGUCUACCUGCCCAGCUCCUCCCCCACAACGCCCAGCGACGACUCGUGCGCGCAUUACCCUGCGCCCGGCUCCAGCCCGGAGGAAGCAACUCUCGGAAGACGCCCCAAGACCCGCUCCUUCGACAACCUGCCCAGCGCCUGCGAGCUCGGCAGCAUGGCUGCCCCCAACCGGCGCUCCAGCGACCCCAGCCUCAACGAGAAGUGGCAGGACCACCGGCGCUCCCUGGAGCUCAGCUGCGUCACCGCGGGGCCCGACGGCGGAGCGGGGGGCCCGGAGGACCUGGAGGACCAGACCGACGGUCCGAUGUACGCGGACACGGCCGAACCCGAGCCCCAGCCGGAGGAACGGGGACCCAGGCCGCAGCGGCCGCAGUCGCCCGGCGUCCCGGUGGCGGGGCCCCCGGAGCGGCAGGAGGCGGAGCUGUCGGUGGCGCCGGGCGUGGCGGAGGGCCAGAUGGAGAACAUCCUGCGAGAGGCCACCAAGGAGGAGGCGGCGGCGGCGGUGGCGGCGGCCGUCCACAGAGAGAGGGGCGUGGCUCAGGUCGUCUCCAACGGAGACACAGACAUGGGGAAAGGUAUAGAAAGUGAAGAGAGAGACGAGAAGCGUGCAGAGGUUGAUGGCGGAACGGAGAAUCAGAGUGAGCCGCUGUGCAACGGCCACCCUGAAGAGGAUGUGGUGCUGGCGUCGGCAGCGGAGGGGGGUUUCCCAGGCGUCCCUCCCCUCCCUGCCAGUACGUCAGAGGAAACGGUGCGGAUGCAGCAGAGCCUGGAGGCUGACGUGGGUAGGAUCUUAGAAGAGCUGGUCAAGCAGGUGAUGGACGGUUGUACUGAGCCACAGCCACAGGGGCAGUCAGCAUGGCCUCUUGAGCCAGAGGACGCUGCAUCCCACAGAACUCACACCAACGGCUGCCUUGUUGGCACCUUGGUAGAGCCGGGGCUCAGCUGUCACUGUGGCGAGCCCCCCAAGCCCCUGGUGCCGGCCAAUAAGACUGCGUCUCUCAUGGAGAGCUCCACCGAGACUCUGACGGACGAGCCUUGCGGUACGCUGGAGCCAGCGGCGCCGUCGCCGCCCGGCCCCCAGACGAGCAAACCCCUGCCCCAGCCCGCCAGGAUGAACGGCCUGGAGGCCAGGCAGCAGCCGGCGGUCGCCAGGACUCCCAGCGGGGCCCACAAGCGGCCCUCCCUCAGUGCCUUCCAGUCCACCAACGGCGAGGGGCUGUGCAACGGCGAGGAGCCCUGCAACGGGGCCCCCGCCUGGGCCAAGGCGGCCGCCGAGCGGGGCCCGCUGAGCAGGCAGGCCUCUCUGGCUAGCGGCGGCUCCCUGGGCCCGCAGCCCCGCGGCUUCUGCCCGCACCGCUGCACCCACAUGCCCGCGGGCCGCCCGGCCGGCAGCCCCGAGCAGCAGUCCCGCCUGCACCUGGACGACGACGGGCUGACGCUGCACCCCGACGCCAUCCAGCAGCGGCUGCGGCAGAUGGAGGCGUGCCACCAGAAGGAGGUGGAGAGCCUGAAGAGGCAGAUGCAGGAGCUGCGCACGCGGCUGGAGAACCAGCAGCACGGGGGCUGCCCGCGGCUCAACGGAGACCAGGGAGACGAAGGGACCUCCAUUAUGGACUCAGAGUACAACAUGGAUCCCAACUGCCUGUCCCGCUGCAGUACGGAGCUGCUGUCGGAGGCCAGCUGGGAGCAGGUGGACAAGACGGACGCGGAGGUGACCCGCUGGUACCCAGACCACCUCGCCGCCCAAUGCUACCGCUGUGAGAGCCGCUUCUGGCUGGCCAGCAGGAAGCAUCACUGCAGUGGAAGAGAGCCUGUCCAGGAGGUCUGGAACUGCGGUAACGUGUUCUGCGCCAGCUGCUGCGAUCAGAAGAUCCCCGUGCCAAGCCAGCAGCUGUUCGAGCCCAGCCGCGUGUGCAAGUCCUGCUAUGGCAACCUGACGCCCUGCCCCGGCAUGGGCCCCCGCCUGGCCCCGAGUCUGGGCCCCCUGGACGUGGAGCAGGACCAGGGCAUCACAGUCAGCUCAGACUAAAGCCCAACACCCCCGGGACUUACAGGGUGGGGGGGUGGCGGGGGGGGCUGUGGGCCAGACGAAACACUAGGCUCUAUCCCUUUACCCCCCAGCCAGCGGUGACGCUAUUCUGCUGCGGGAGAGCACAGGAGCUACACAGAGUAUCCCAUGGAAGUGUGUGUGUGUGUGUGUCUGUGUGUACUACGGAUUGAAGUGUAUUUACAAGAGAGGAACGUGUACAGUAGAAGCUUGAUGAACUUUGAUGGGCAGCCGUCUCCUUGAGUGAAUGUGUUUGCCAUGCGUGUGUGUGUGUGUAUGUGUGUGUGCGCAUAGCAGGCUGAGAGUGAGAGAGAGAUGGGAAAAUGCAAACAACUGAACAUGCAUAUUGCUGAGCAGGCCGGCGGUCUGUCGGACAGCACCUUAAGGCCCAGGAGUCCCUGCUCCCCCAGACGGGCUGCACUUUGACAUUGAGCCCGCCAGAAGAUCAUGGAAACCUCUGCAAUAAAUGUUACUUUGUUCUUACCCUUUCCCCCCUCUCCCAUCAGCCCCCCUCCGCCUCCCAGUAGCAGGUUCUCUGUCCAAACCAGUGACCCCUUUCUGUCCAACGACUGCAGAGUAUUUCACCCUCUUUUGCGCUUUAUCACCUCACGACACAUGAGGUCAUUAAGAUGUUGAAUCCUGCCGUCAUGACACAAGCAUCUCUCUGGAAAGACCGGAACGGGAUGUCAGGCAUUCGUCCCCAACGGAGCUCCAUUGAACAAGUGCUCCGAGCUGAACCCACCCCCAGUCCCCCCUCCAUCCCCAAGGGCUUCUUCCUCCUCCUCCUCCUCCUCCUCCUCCUCCACCCAGAGUGGUGUAUGAUGAGGGGGGACCCGUCCACUUGGUGACCUUCAUCAGAGAGCAGUGUUGUUGACCAUUGACAAUGUGGCCAUUGUUCUCCUGCCACGCCAAGAGGACUGCACCACAGCCCCCCUCCCCUGGCCUCUCCUGUCUGCAACCACUUCAGCACCCCCCCCCGCCCUCGCUGCCGUCUCUCUCCAGCAGGUCCUGGGUGCUGGACAGCCUUGUGAAGACAGCCAGUCUUCAGCCGACACCACAAGCAAGGUCAUGUUGGGGCCCUGGCCUGCCACAGGCUGGACACCAUGGGAGGAUAUUGACGGAGAUACACGCACAUAUAUUUUUUAUUAUUAUUAUUUACUUAAGAGUAUGUUGGAAUUGAUAUUUGGGGUGGGGUAGGUGAUGGCAAACAUUGAAAAGAUGAAAGUGAAGGUGCUUAGGGGGGUUAAACGACACGGCUGGCCCCCAUGACCUUGGUUGCGCUGCCCUGUCGUCUGCGUUGUAAUUUCCGUCUUGGGUUUCCCUGUACGGAGAAGACCUUCCACACUCCUGCAGAACCACCGGCUAGCCUGCACCCUGCCUGCCAGCCCACUGCCCACCUCCUCACACUCACACACACACACACACACUUUGGUUUUGUAAAGCAAAUGAAUGAAUUAAAUAAUAUAUUCAGAGACGUAUAUAGCAUUUAAGAAAAAGGCUAAACAAAUGUAUAGAAUCCUUUUGAAUCGUGGCUCACUAAAAUUAGUCACCAAAAAAGUUUCUUGUUUUCCUUGAUUUUCUUUUUUUUUCUGGUCUAAUUUUCCUCUGUUCAUUACAACCAAAUCUAUAUUGUCAAACUGUAGAAUUUUUCUCCUUUUUAAAUAGUUCACACUUGACACGUGUGCUGCGUUAAGUGCUAUUAGUUUUUCCUUGGAAAUGCAACGAUUUCUCUUUUCAUUAAUUAUUGUUUUAUUUUUGAAUUGCUGUUACAAAAUGAAAAAGGACUAAAAAUGUAAGUUGGGAAAAUGAAUUCGCCCCUGCAUAAUCAGUGUUGGGUCGUGAGCAGAGCUAGAGGUGGUAGUUAGAAGUAGCUUAGCAUGAAGGGCCAUGGUGCUGCAGGUCCUUCAACCUUUCGUUUUGUUUGGAGAGGGCCGAGGCCAACAGAUGGAAUAAUCGCAUCUGUAUUCCAUCUAGAACUGACCAUCAGGCACAGUUUGGUAUGGUCAUCUGAAUUCGGCCAUAGUGCAGGCACAACACAUGCAGACUGAAUAUUUAUGGAGAGUAUAUGAGAGAUAUACAGUCAUGAGUGAGUCCAAUACCAGACCCUUCUCAGCUCAAGGACAGUCUGCGAAAAUUCUAACAAUCCAAACCUACCUGUGGAAGUGACACACACACACACACACACACACACACACACACACACACACACACACACACACACACACACACACACAGGCGUAGCUCACGAUAUGCUUUGAAAUGCUGGUGAGAAAAUAAACACCCCAAAAGUGGUAUGCAGCAAGUAAAGCCAGCAGCCUGCACCUUAAACAACCAAACCUUCCUUCCCCUCGGCCGUAGUCUUACGCAGGGCUCCAUUAGGACAUCCACAUACAAACACUACCUCUAUUUUGUACACACAAAUAUAGCCUCCUUCACAUGACAAAAAGUCCAAACAUCGAUUCACAUUUAGUAGUUCUUUGGCGACAAGGCGAGAACUGCCUUGUUGGUCCUUUUCCGUAUCUUUGGGUUGGACAAGCUCGGCCGAAUCAUUAAUCAUCUCUUGCUCUGUGUGGUUGUGCGUGUGUGUGUGUGUGUGUGUGCGUUGCUGCUAAGGGUAAGACGAUCACUCCAGUUAUAACCCUGUCAGGGUUACUGGAGCCUUGUCAGGGUUACCCUGACAAGGCUCAAUGUUUACUUGGUUUCCCUCUUCCCUUUUCCCUCUUCCCUCCUGUUCUGCAGGCUGUGAAUGGACAUCUCACAUCUCUAUUUGUGACGUUUAUCAAAACACAUGUGAAAGAAUUGUACAAAUACAAUCCGAACGUCGAUUUAGAGUCCUGCUAUCAUGAUGGAGGGUGUCCCUGUUUGGUCAUCCUUCAAAACAAUCAAGUGUUAUGCUGGGAGGGAGACCAGAUCAUGCAGGUGUCGUCGACGUCGUCCCCCUCACUGCUCACAAAUGUUGUAAAGGCUUUGGCAGCUUCAAACCUAAUCAUGUCAGUCCCCCACCUCACCAUCGCACGAAUACACACACCAUUACACAUGCAUGGUGGGGGGCCCCUGCACACUUUGGAAACACACCAGGAAUGGGAAAUCUGAAAACCUUCAUUCAGUUCACCCCCUUGACAACGUCUAGAGUGGAUGUACGAGAAAGAACUCUUCUGAGUAGAGGCAAAAACAGUGUCACCACAAGACCAUUCCGUACCCCUAUUUGUUGCAAUAAGGGGGUUCUAAAUUGGAAAAAGGUAUCCGCGGAUCUGGUUGUUGGUCUUGGACACAGACAUUUCAUUGGGUGCUUUGUGAACAAGCAGUUAACCCGAGAAUAAAGUGACUUUGAAGCGAGUUUGCGUGAAUAUUUGAGUUGACCGUCUCUUAUUAGAGACCAGUGCCAAGCAGUGUUGCCAGAUUGGGCCCGAUUUUCCGACCAAUCUGGCAAGCAGUUUUAUUAGUUUCUCCCAAAGGGAUGAUGAUUUCCUAUACUUUCUGUUUUCCCCUUUUUUGUUGACGAUAAGCACUUUCAGUCUUUCCCUGGGCCCUGCCCUGUCUAGAGUUUUGAAGCUGUACAUAGCGUUUUCCUGCAACAAUCUACUUGUGAUGUCUGAAUCUUUUGAUUUUUGUUGAAUUACUUGGAGCAUUGUUGUAGUUUGAAGAACAACAAUAAAAUAGACAUUACCCGGGUUGUUUUGCCAAGCCUUCACACAAAAACAACCACAUACUCUGCAUCCCAUGAUGUACACAGGGCCACUGUUAUCGCUGUAGACCAAGUCAUGUUUAAUUUUCUGCACCUUUUUACAUGUUUUUUAAAAUCGAGACAAAAAAUGUUUAGUAAUCGUCUCACAUCAAUGAAUACAGAAUCAAAUGUAAAUUCAAUCGGCCACAUGACAAGAAAAGCACAACCAAGAGAAGAGGCUGCCGCUCCAGAAAGCUCAUGCUCCUUGACGCGACACACGGGGGACUCACCUGCUGGCCCCCAGAGCGGUGUUGCAAGAUUGGGCUGGACAACUGGCCCAAUCUGGCAACAUUCCAUCAGAGGAAGCGAUACACCUAAGUAACGGCCGUGUGCCCUGCGGUUUUUACAACUAUUGUAUCAUAGUUUACUACACAGGAGUAAAGAAACGAACAAAAAAACUUAAUGUAAACUAACCGAGCGCAAAGACGUCUGUACAACAACCAGAGUCAGACACGGAGAAAGAGGGUCGGUGACGGAGUUGCUUUGUGACUGAGCCCGCUUAGGAAGUCUUGGUUCACGACCAAGCCUGGCUGGUGCCGUUUGCUUCAUAUUGAAUGUAACCAUAGGGUCACCACAACAAACAAAAGGAAGCUUUGUAGCAACAAUCGUCAUUGAAUUAGGCCCUAUGUUGGUUAAUUAAGCGUCCAAUUAAGGUCCGUCACAACCAGAGUUCCCACGCCCGUGAGUCGUUGAAUCCUAUUUCAAUUCCACCUUGUGUGCGAAGUGCUGUCCUGUUCAACCGUUCAAAGCAUUCACUACAGGUGCGUUUACCUGAAUAGAGAAAGCCGAUACAUUUUCUUCAGAUUAUAAUUGAAAGUUGAUGAUAGAUUUUUCUCCCAGUGACACAAUUAAUCUCCCUGCAACAUUGUUAGAAAUGCAUUUCUUUAAAAAAAAAUAGACACGGCUUCACCAGCCUUCUCUUC